AAACCUAAUAAUUAUCGGAGAGAUCGAGACGGCUUAGUAUUUUUUCGAUCAGUAUACACCAAACCGUCAGAGACUCCGUAUCUCCUCCAAUGGCGGAUGCCGCGGAGAAGUCGCCGAAUCCCUGCAGCAUCUGCGAUGAGCCAAUGGCGGCCUCGGAGGUCCACCGCGGUGGCAGCGCCUGCUCUCACGCCUUCUGCCCAGCGUGUCUUACGGGCCACGUCCGCGCCAAGGUCGAGUCCGGCGCCGCCGCCACCGUGCGAUGCCUCGACGCAUCCUGCACCGGCACUCUCGACCCAGAGCUGUGCCGCGCCGCCCUCCCGGUCGACGUGUUCGAGCGGUGGUGCGCCGCGCUGUGCGAGACCAUGUUUCUUGGCGCGCGGCGGACUUACUGCCCCUUCCCCGAUUGCUCGGAGAUGAUGGUGGCCGACGACGACGGCGAGCCCGUGACGCAGUCCGAGUGCCAGGUGUGCAGGCGGCUCUUCUGCGCGCAGUGCAGCGUGCCGUGGCACGCGGGCGCCGAUUGCGCCGCCUACAAGAAGCUCGGGAGAGGGGACAGGAGCAGGGAGGACUUGAUGCUGCUGGAGAUGGCCACGAAGAAGAAAUGGAGGAGGUGCCCCAAGUGCGACUUCUUCGUCGACAAAAGAGGUGGCUGCUUGCACAUUGUCUGCAGGUGCGAAUUUCAGUUCUGCUAUGGAUGUGGCAAUGAGUGGGAGUCUGACUCAUGUACUUGCGAUGACCGGGAUGACGACGAUAGUGAUUCCGAGGAUGAAGACGAUGAAGACGAUGAAGCCUGAGUCGAUCUGGUCCCAUUUUGAUAUAUGUGACCUUGUCCUGAUGUUAUAAAUUUCCUCCAGACUAGAGUAAUACUUUGAAGUGUUCUUUGGUGCAUGAUAGAUCACUCAAAAUGGUUAAUGGUUUCGUGACCAUGCGGUUUUGAAAAUUUUCAUUGAUAUAGUAAACCAUUGUUCUUGGUCAUUGCGUGAAUUUUCGGCAACAUGUUAGCAUCCAUCUCAUAUGUUUAGAAAUAUGUCCUAGAGGGUAGUUAUAGAAAAGAUCAUAGUUCUUUGUUCUUGAUAUUUGUUGGAUAUAUGUCCCAUGUUUCUAUAUCAUCGUAUACGGUUAGCAAGUA